CAAAGAACAUUAACAAGAAAAUUGAAGAAAUUUGUGAAAGAAGGUCAUAUCCAGGCGAGUCAAAGUAAAGAAAUACUUUCAAAGGAAAACGUAAGAAUUCCUAAAUUAACUGUCAGAAUUAAAACACAUAAACAAAAUAAAUGUAGACCAAUCAUAGACUUUAGAUUCACAUUAUUAUAUAAUUUAGAAAUCUUUAUUAAAAAGAUAUUACAGGAUAUACAAAUUUCGAAAUAUGCAGUUAAAAAUGCUGAUGAUUUAAUUACAAAAUUGCAAAAAGGUGUAAUCUUGUCUAAUUAUAAAUUGAUGAGUUUGGAUAUAACAUCUAUGUACCCUUCUAUUACUAAAGAUAUGAUUUUGAGCAGUUUACGUAAGUAUGGUGUUCCUGAUUAUUUAAAGGAUUUAAUUACUUUCACAUUAGAUAAUAAUUAUUUUACAGUGAAGGAAAAGAACUUUUAUCGACAAACAGAAGGUAUUUCGAUGGGCUCCGUAAUAGGACCGAAAUUAGCAGAAAUUUAUAUGCUGGAUGUGGACAUGAUUCUUUCAACAUUAAAUGGAGUUAUGUUUUUUGCAAGAACAACAAAUAUAGAUAAAAGAAAAGAAGAAAUUGAAGAUACACAUAAGAAAUACAUCUUAAAUGGAUAUCCAAAAAGAUUACUAAAUGAUUGGUUCCACAGAUUUUUAAGAAACAGGUUUAAAGUUAAACGUUGUCAAGAAAUAAUAAAAUUGGCUCCAUCCUUAAAUAACAGGUUAUCAAAUAUGAUGAUCAUCAGAAAUAAUGCUAAAGAUAUAUUAGAAGAAGAAGGUGUUGUUUAUCGGAUAGAAUGCACGUGUAACAAUCCUAGUUUUUACGUCGGUGAAACAAAACGAAGAUUAAGGAUCAGACUGUCGGAACAUUUGGCUGCCGUAAGGUUGAAAAUGAGUAAUUCUCCUGUCUUCCAACAUUGUAAUAGUAAUAAUUGUCAGAUUAAUAUUAAUAAAUUAAAAAUAAUUUUUAAGGAAAAAAAUAUUGUAAAGCGAAAGGUAAAAGAACACUUCGCUAUAAUUAUGCAAAACAAUAAUGUUAAUUUAAAUACCGGAAUGUUAACAGCGGCAUGCUGGGAGUUUUUUGUUAACUGUAUAAGUGGCUCUUCAAUGAGUUGACUGUUUGAACGUAGAUUUUGUGCUGUAAGCCCCACUGAAGAGGCCAUAGGCGAAAUGCAUUUGGGAAGCUUGUUAGUAAUGAUGUAAAUAAAAAUUUUUUUCUCUCUGCAGAUUAUUUUCUUUUUUAUACCUUUUUAAACUCUGUUUUUUAAA